CAGGUGUCGAAGGCCCGAGCGCCCGGCGCGCUGCGCUCUCCCGACUCCAAGCCCGUCGCGGCGCCCCGGCCUCCAGCGAGCGCGCAGGCCACCCGGUCAGGACCACCCCGCACCCGCGGAGCUCCCGGGCCACCCCCCGCGACCUCCUCGCCACCGCAGACCCAGCCCCGCCGCGCGCUCCGCCCGCCCCCUCUCCGCCUGCUCCCAGCGCGCAGACCGUCCGCAGGAGAAGAUGGACUGGGGCGCGCUGCAGACCAUCCUGGGCGGCGUGAACAAGCACUCCACCAGCAUCGGCAAGAUCUGGCUCACGGUGCUCUUCAUCUUCCGCAUCAUGAUCCUGGUGGUGGCGGCCAAGGAGGUGUGGGGCGACGAGCAGGCCGACUUCACCUGCAACACCCUGCAGCCCGGCUGCAAGAACGUGUGCUACGACCACUACUUCCCCGUCUCGCACAUCCGGCUCUGGGCGCUGCAGCUCAUCUUCGUGUCCACGCCCGCCCUGCUGGUGGCCAUGCACGUGGCCUACCGGCGACACGAGAAGAAAAGGAAGUUCAUCAAGGGCGAGAUGAAGAGCGAGUUCAAGGACAUCGAAGAGAUCAAGAGCCAGAAGGUCCGCAUCGAGGGCUCCCUCUGGUGGACCUACACGGGCAGCAUCUUCUUCCGCGUCGUCUUCGAGGCCGCCUUCAUGUACGUGUUCUACGUCAUGUACAACGGGUUCUCCAUGCAGCGCCUGGUCAAGUGCAACGCGUGGCCUUGUCCCAACACGGUGGACUGCUUCGUGUCCCGGCCCACGGAGAAGACGGUCUUCACAGUUUUCAUGGUCGCGGUGUCGGGGAUCUGCAUUCUGCUCAACGUCACCGAACUGUGCUACCUGCUCAUCAGAUAUUGUUCCGGAAAGUCCAAGAAGCCAGUGUAAGCAGGGCUGGAGAAGAGCGAGCGGGCGGGGAAGGACGCGGCCGUCUGCGCCCAGCGGUCGGCCGAGUCACCCGCGUCUCCCAGAUACAGAUUCCUGUCGUCAAGCCCCCCUCCCCCUUCCUGUGGCCCACGUGGAACUCCAGACGCCUCCGGCUGCAGCCCCGCGGUCCACAGGCGCCGCCGCACAGAGGCCAAGCUCUGCGCCCGCUGAGGCCGCGCCAGGGCGGCCGUGCCCUUCCCUACUGCAAACAGAGGAUGUGGCGUUUGUUUCCCUUUCUUUGCGGAAAGGAGAGAAACGCCAGGACCUAACAAGGACGCUGAGCAGGUCUGGUUGAUCCGCUUAAGCUUCCCUUUGCAACUUCCCCGAAUUAAAGGUAAACAGAGAGAAUUUGGUUCCUUUAUUUGCUUUGAAGUUUUAGUCUGCAGCAACGGACAGGGUUACCACAUGUGUCCGACUCUUUCAUAUACUCUUUUAAAAUGAACAGUUUAAGGAAGAUGUGUUCUUUUCACCCACAAGAAAGUCUAGGGACCAUUACGUGUUCCUCCUAUUUCAGAGGCAACGACUGCCACAUGCAAGUGGUGUAAAAUCUAGGUUUCCUCACUAGAGUUCCAUCUGGCCUUCAGCUCAGAACGGGGUACAGCGCCACCGAGAGGCUGGCGGGGGAAUGAAGCUGGGUGGUUCAGGGAGGCGCUUCCGCUUCUCUCGCAGGGAACAAACUAGAAGUCCUUAGCGAUGGCUUCGAAGAGCAAAGGGUCUCAUUUCGAAAAUGUAGCUGUCAUUUUGCAGGAGGAGUACAGACGGGCUGUGCCCCCAGCGACGAGCAGCCGUGGGCUGACUCAAGACACCCUCAACUCCCAAAGGACGUUGUCCUUCCACCCCGAGAGCUGGGGAAGGCCACUGCCCUCGAGGUCGCGUGGGAGUCUUUCGUCGCCACAGGACGAUUUAAUGCGACGGAACAAAACAGCAAACUUAGGUGGGGGGUACUCUUUCUAAAGAACGGAUGGAAAGGUAGGCUCUAAGUUCUGACAAUUAAAAAUGAGUUUCAUCACCUUCAAA